CAAAUUUCAAUCACAACACACUACGUUUCACUUCCAUUCAUUUACUCACUUCUUUGCCUGCUUCUCCCGAAGCUUGCAAAAAAAAAAAAACCCAACAUAUAUCUCCACAUGCAAACCAACAAAUAUUGUCACACCUUCUAUUGUUUGAAGAACAGAAUUAGCGUUAAUAAACUCAUCAAAGCAAGCUGCUUUCCUCAUUUAAAAAAAAAUAAUCCUGUUUUUUUCAAACAGUUGACACCUCGUUUUCUACGCCCAUGUCGGUGGUCUGAUGCGUGUACCGACAUGGGCAUUCCGGAAACAUGAAUCGUAUGUCGGAGAGUGCGCAGGAGACCUAGUGAAAACGAACGUCCCUCGGUGGUGGAGCUUUCGGAACAGAGAGAGAGAUAGAGUAGUGGUAGUUGUGAUAAUAACUAAUCAACCUACUGCUGCUGGAUCUGCACAAUGGGUACAGACACAAAGACUGUGUGUGUGUGUGUGUGGCUCUGCAUGGAGCUUGAAACGACGUGCUGGUUGCAAACCCAACAACUGCCGUUGUCAGCCGGCAACUAACUUCUCGUCCUCUUCCCGUGACUUUUCUGACUGGCGCCGAACAGUCCAUUCCAGGAAGCAGAUUGCAAUGAGACCCACAUUCGAAAACAUCUCGGAAGAUGAGUGAUCCUGAUAACCACGAUUAACAAGUCAUGGUUAUAACUAGAUAGAUUGGCCAUCUCCUCUGCUGAAAGGAGGAUAAAACGCUGUGCAGUGCCUCAAUACAGUAAAUGGAGAAAUGAGAGCCUCAGAUGCGGUGCGGACUGUUCCUGCAAAAGGCCGAGGGGUUAUAAAAAAAAGUCUGCUGUAAGUUCUGGAGAUGAAGCACCAUGAGCCAUCUCUGCGCUUCGGCGGGGACGAAUUCCAGUGGGAGGAAGUUCUGCUCACACGUGUGGCUGGCGCAGAUGCUGAACUACAACACAAAACAGACGUUCUUCAAGAAAUCCUGGGACAUCCUGGAGAUAGCCCGGUUGCAAGAUUUCCGAUGCCCCAGAUGGAGAGCCGAGCUGAAGCUUAUCCCUGCGCCUCUGUAUCUGAGGGUCUGGCUGCCGACACUGCCUGACACGGUGCGCAAGGAAUUUGGCCAGAUCUUCCGCACAAGACCUAAUUUGGUUCGCCCCUGGGCUUCCAGAAUGAAGCACAUCUACGGAGCUAUCACUCAUCAGUUUGAUAGUGUCUUCGCCGUGGAGGGACGGCAUGGAGCCAGGCUGCUUGUGUACCAAGACCGCGACGUAACGCAACUCAACGUGUUCUGGCCCUUGUUUUAUUACGGUCCGGGGGAGAACCAGAAUCAGCAAUACAUGGACAAGCUCGAGUACAUGGAAACGAGGUGGGCAACGAUCAAUCCGAGCUACGUUACAGGUGGGACUAGACCAAGGACUCCUCGACCCCGAAGGAAGGAAUCUCUUCGGUACUGCUGUUGCUGCUGCAGCACUGAGGAAGAAAGUUGUUGCGACUGCCAUUGCCACAUGCAACGCAAGUGUGGGUUCGCUUGCAAAAGACAGUGUAAAUGUUACUGCCACACGACAAAAUGUUGCCAAUAUGUAACACAUCGACGGAGAAUAUGCACACACUGCGAUUGUCAUCUACAUGCGGCGAACUGCGAGAUGUUGAAGAACUGUCGGUGUCGGUGCCUCAAGGAUGCGCAACUGGAACAAGGCUGGAUUGGUGUUUUGCAAUAGGUCUUCAUCACCCUCAGCUCCACCAAAAUACACACUCGCCAGUUUCAUUAUUUGCACAAUCAAAGAUAAAUAGACAACUUCUGAAGAAAAGACGAAGCUUUUUCCUGUGUCGGUAAACCAGAUCGAACAGACAGAUAUCGAAAUUUUUACGAAUACAUAGUAUGGCUGUAGAUGAAGUUCGUGAAAUUAGAAGGUUGAUUAGUUCGUGUUAUGUUUUCAGUGUGGAUUGUUGUAAAACAAUGUAAACGUCAAAAAAUAAAAAAACCAAUCAUUGAUUUUUUUAAAACUAAAGUAAGUUUAAAUAUAUAUUAA